AUGAAGUCGGAGGCUCUGCUCGAUUCGGUCGUGUUCCAGCUCACUCCUACCCGGACCAGGUGAGUUCCACACAGAGGUGGAUCGCGUUCGAGAAUUGGGGUGCGAUGCUGCGACGAUGUGGAGGAGGUUGAUUUGAUUCUUCUUGGGCUGAAAUGCGCCGUUUGAUCUGGGGAAAUCUGAAGAUUUACAGUUUUUUUUCCGGCUUUUGCUCAAUGAGAAGGAGCCUUAGUUUGAUGCCACGGUGUGGUCAUUUUCGCCCAAGCAGCCCAGUCUUUUGCUCUAGAUUUAAACGUGACGAUGAUCGGGGACAUGCGUUCUACGCAUCUCGGAUUUGUACGUCUUAUUUGGUCCCGCCUUUAGAUACUUGGCUUGGCCGAUGUUAACGUUUUCCCCAUUGGUCAGGUUUUUAAGGAAUUUCUCGAAUUUCUGAUUCGAAGUUUCGGGCGUUUCUUCAAUUUCCUUCCUCUGGUUGGGAGUUGAAUUAUUUCUCAGAAGAAGAAUGCUGCCGUCAUAUCUUGCAGAAUUAUUUUCCAAAUCAAUUUUCUUCCUCUGCUUGAUGUAGUUCCAAAUCUGCUUGACGUCCAAUGGGUGACAUGCAGUUUUCGUGUUAAAGCUCCUCCUCAGUUUUCACCGACGUUAGAUCUUGCGUCGCUAGUUUUUCCCGGUCGGUUUGACGUUGUUACGCCAUAAUCCGUGCUAAGAUUUGGAAAAGUGGUCUGGUCUGACGAGGACCUUGAUUAUCCCUCCGGGACCCCAUCCUCUCACCCCCCCCUCCCAACAAUCUCGCGAAUGAAGGGCUGAGAUCCCCGAACAGGUUCCCUGACGGGGCCAGCUGUUCCCCGUACAGAAGCUUGCGCUCGACCUGGUUCUCAGGCUUUUUACGUCCGAAUUGAAUGUAUUUUGUGUUGAGUUAGUCAGUCACCGCGUUCCCUGUUCCUCAGGUGUGACUUGGUUAUCAAAGCAAAUGGAAAGACGGAGAAAAUCGCAACGGGGUUAUUGAACCCAUUUCUUGACCACUUGAAAACGGCUAAAGAUCAGAUUGCAAAGGGUGGCUAUUCCAUCAUACUUGAACCCGAGCUGGGAGCUGAUGCUCCAUGGUUCACAAAGGGGACAGUCGAGAGGUCUACAACUAAGCACUUUUGGUGUUGUGCAUCUUGGUUUCUGGGAAAAGGCUGUUAUCGUGACAUUUUUAUCCAAAACAAAACUUGUCAAAUCAGGUUUGUUCGUUUCGUGAGCACACCAGAGGUCCUGGAACGAGUGAAUACAAUUGAAUCGGAAAUUUUUCAGAUUGAGGAAGGCAUUGCUAUGCAAGGCAACGAGAUUUUGCAAUCAAGCUCUGUGAGUACUAGAGACAAUCCUUCCUCUGGUUGUUUGUAGUUCGGCGCAUCAUCUCUCUGUUUCCGUGUGUCCAUCAGGUCGAGGAAGAUCAAUCAAGAUCGGUGGAGCAUUCUGGAGGUACGUGAAGUGACUUAUGUUACUGUCUCUUUCAGAGGCAGGAGUAAUGUGACGUGGACCGUUCCAGUUUGUUCUUCUUAUCUGUCCUUAAUGCCCUUGUGAUCUCCUUCUGUUAUGACCAGAAUAUCUUCGCAGCUAAUGACUUUCCUGUUUGCAGACAAAUAAAGUUUCAUUCUUUUUGGGAGUGUGUAUGUUUUCUGUGUAAUGGGGGGAGAAAUAAAUGAUAAAAAACCAAAUCCAAAUAAUAUCAAGAGAAACGUACCACAAUGUAUCUCCAUUAGUGUUUCUUCCUAUGCGAUUUUAUUUCCUGAAACAUUGGGAACACAUUUGCUAAAUUGUGCCUUAUUAUUAUUUCCUGUUAUAUGUUUGCAAGCUCAUUAAUCUCUUUGAUGUUUUGAUCAGGGAGUAAGUCUGUGAUUAGUGCAGAUGCCGCAAAAGCAAUCGUCCUUUAUAAGGUACCAGCAUGCAGUUUUGAUUUAGAUUCAGUGUAUCUUUUUCACACGGCCCAAUCAGUUUCUGUCUUGAUCUAAUUUUGAUUUUUAAUGGCAGCCAGGAACACCUGCACCUGAGUCAAGCGGGUUGGCAUCUCGUGAAGAAAAUUCAAAGUAUGUGUUAGUAGGAUAAGUGACUCUUUCUCGUCAAUAGUUUUCCAAUUGUUCAAAUGUUAGGCAUCAGAUCUCCUUCUUAUUCUGUUCCAAGUUCAAAUAUUAGGCACUAAGCAUAAUAUUAGAUGAAUUUUUGUGCAGUUUACUGUGACUUUAAUAGGAUAUAUACUUGUCUUUGUCAUCGUCUGUUAUCACCAGGGUAAUAUUACCAUACUGUUGUACUCUUAGACACACUCAUGGCAAAGAGAUUCUGUCUUCCUUAGACUGUGGGCCUGCUAUCGGUGAUUGUUUGAGUGUAGAUCUCUACUGAAACCAUCAUUGGUUUCCAGAUAUGUUGGAAAUGGCGUGUAUCCAGUUUUUCUUAUUUUGGCCAGGGUUCAGCUCCUUCGAGUCCUCGAGACCCGGAAGACCGUCUUGCAGAAAGAACAAGGGAUGGCUUUUGCACGUGCUGCAGCUGCUGGUUUUACCGUGGAGAACAUAGCAUAUUUGAUCUCAUUUGCAGAAUGCUUUGGAGCUGUGCGCAUGUUGUAAGCUCUCUUUUCCUCUUUGGUGGCUACAGAAUUCCAGGAUUUAUGGGUAUGAUUCCAUAACUUUCUGGGUAUUCUCCUUGAAUUACUGAAUGCUUAUUUUUCUCUCCUUUAUGCAAUAGGGAAGCUUGCUCGAAGUUUAUGGACCUAUAUAAUGGGAAGCACGAAACGGGUCAAUGGCUCGAGAUUGAAGCUGCAGAUGCAAUGUCAAUGCGAUCUGAAUUUACUGCAAUGAAUACUUCCGAAAUCCUGCUUUCUGCUGAUAUAGGGAGACAGAGGGAACACAGGGAGCAAUGGCCUGCACCCAAUAAUGAUUUGAAUGAAGGAAACAACGGGAAAGUUAAUGGCGGAGACAUGAAUUCGGAUCUGCCUAGAGGUAACGUAAGAGAGGAUAAAAGUUCAAUUAGCUUAAGGCUGGAUUUGUAUUCCUUCUUUUAGUCACUUUGCCUACAAUAUUAUGUAUAAGCUAAAUGAUUAGUUCCAAUAUUUGUUAAAGAAAGUAGAGGUUUCUUUUUUAUUGGCAACAUUAGGCCUCAUUUCUUCUGCCAAAUUGUCGAGCGAUAUUUUUUCACUCAUUAGAAUCGUGAUCAUUGUCAAAAGUGCCCUUACAUGGCAUACAUGAUUUCUGUGAGUGUGUUUUACCACUUGUUCAUAUUCACUUUGACAUAAUUCUGUAAUACUUUGUACUUGUUCGAUGAUUCUAAUCCAUGUUCUCUUAAUUCAUGUCCAGAUACUCGGAUAAAUGGUGAGUCUAAGGCACCUGGAGGACCCAACGAAUAUUUUCAAGGUCAGUAUCCGCAUCCUAUGUUCCCUCAGUGGCCGGUUCAUUCUCCAGGAGGCGUGCCUGUAUUUCAACCCUAUACCAUGCAAGGUAUGCCAUUCUAUCAGAACUAUCCAGCUGGUGGUCCCUAUUUUCCACCUCCAUAUGCUCCAGUGGAGGAUCCCACACACCACAAACCACGGAGAACCAAGUCAAAAAAGCGUUCCAGCGACAGUAAAAGUAGCACUGUGGAAUCGGAGUCCCAUGAAAUGAGUGCACAGUCGCAGGAUGAUGAUGAUAAUACUUCUGAUUUGGAAAAGGAAGCCUCUGUGAAGAGGGAAUCGCGUAGGAAGAGUGGCAGAUCUGGCAAGAAACAGUCUGGAAUGGUUGUUAUAAAAAAUCUAAACUAUAUUGCAUCCAAGAAACAUAAUAAUGCAUCAGGCAGCGAAUCCUGUACAGCAUCCGACUCUGAAAAUGAAGGUUCACACUCGGAUACAGCAGGAAGGAAUGAAAGAAAUAGAAAAUCUUCCAGGUCUUCUAAAUCUAAGAGAAAAGGGGACCGCAGCAAGUAUGCUGAGACUGAAGUCUCGUUGCCAAAUAAGGAAGAAGCGAGAUACGGACAGGAACUUGAUUCUGGAAGCUGGGAAGUAUUCCAGAAUUUCUUACUGAGAGAUGAAGAAAAGGGUGUAAAUGCUGACUCGGGUAUGUUUUCCAGCGAGAAGAAACCAGCGAUGAAGAGACAGGAAAGCAAAACGGGAGAAGAUCCCAUCCUUCCCAUUGACAGAGAUUUUGAUGAUUCCCUGGAGAGGAAGAUGGUGGAUUUAGAUACAACAGAUGGUAAGCCCACCAGAAUGUACAAGCACAAGGGCUUAAAUGAUCACAAAUUUUAUUUAGAUGGAGGAUUGAGGGAUGACAAGCAAGAUGUACCGUUUGAAGAGAUCGAAGGUGGAAGCAGAGGAUACAGGAAGGGAACAAGCGAGGAUUUUGUUGUAUAUAGACAAGAUAAGGUACCGAAUGUCAGGAAUUCUUCAGAUCCAAUUGCUGAAAAUGAGUAUGCGCACGCAAAUUCUAUACCCAAGGGUUCUUUGUAUAAUGCCAGUGACGAGUCCUUCAUAAUACCAAUGAGGUUGGGCUCACCGGAGCAGAAUGAAAGUGCCAGCAGAACUGCUAUUGUCAUGGACUCGGAGUUCCCUUCAGCUCCUCAGGAGUUUGAUUCGUCCAAUACUGUCAGAAAUCAACUUAACUAUGAACCUGAUGAUUUGAGCUUAAUGCCUGAACGUGAAAUUGAUAGAGAUUUUAUAGGCUAUGAUCCAGCCCUGGAUUAUGACAUGGAGGUUCAAAUUGAGACUGAUGCUGUUGUAGAAAAUGGUGAACCAGAAGAUUCAACCGGGAUCCUGGAAGAAUUGAAAAAGAAAGACAAGGAAAAGAAAUCAAAGGCACUUCAGGAUGGAUCAGAGAAAAAAAAGAUGGAGUCGGCAUUAGGAAGGGGUAGAUUGACAAAGUUGAGUCCAUUAGCUCAAGCACAAGCACGUGCUGAUAAACUCCGGGCCUAUAAAGCUGAUCUUCAGAAAGUUAAGAAAGAGAAGGUAUGUUUAAAACUGUCUAGUUCUCUCAGUUGAGUUGGGUUUGAAUUAAAUUUUAUUGUAUGGCCGAACCUGGCUGUCAUUCAAGUAAAUACUUUUUUCUCAAAGACUGUGUGAAGUGAUGAAUUCAUGAGAGACCAGUUGCAUAUUCUGAAUUUUCUUCCUGAUUUAAGUAACACAAUACUUUAGUGUCCCCAGUGUCCAGGCUUGGCUGUUCUUUUUUUUCCCUUUUGUUUUAAAAUAAUUCGACUUGGAAUGAUCCGAAUCUGUGAUUUCAUUUUAUAAUUUAAUUAUUUUUCCACAGCAAAGAGGUAACUCGCUUUACAUUUUAGGAAAUAAGAAAAGGUAUUUAUAGAGUAUAAUUUCCCUUGUUACUGUGAUCUUUAGUCGUAGAUCGAAACACUAGUCUGUGGACUUCCAUCUGAACUAGAAUGCAAAAAGUACUAUCAUUAGUUGCAUUCAUCCUGUCAUCUGCAGUUAUCCAACUAUUUCAAGGAAAAAAACUUCUAAAGCGUUUGUGAUGCAGUUCCUCAAUUAACUCCAUAAUCUCGUCGUGAGUUUGACAUGUGAGAAUCGAGAUGGGCUGCUAGGGUCAUAGAGACUAGGGGUGCUGCAAACGAAUGGAUUGAACGAGUUUAAAUAGCAUCACCGUAUGUAAGAUUCUGUUGGCGCACGGGGCUUCUUCUUCUUUUUUUUUUUCCCAGUUCCAUGUUACAAUUGAAAUACUGUGUUGCCGUAGCAAGUUUAUAACUUCUCUAAGCAUGGAAGUGGAGGUGUUGGAUUUCCUCAUUUAGAUUGGAGGUGUUGUGUUUGCGUUCACUGUCUCUCCUAUUCAACUUCAGGAGGAUGAAGCGGUUAGGAGACUGGAAGCCUUGAAAUUAGAACGGCAGAAGAGGAUUGCUGCAAGGAGUUCGAGUGCUGCUCAUUCACCGUCGACACAACAGAAAAAAACCCAAAUUCAAGGAAAUCUGUCCCCGAGUAUACACAGGGGAUCGAAAUUUAGUGACUCACCCGGGUCUCCCUCACCUCUACAGAGGUUACCCGUCAGAGCAAGCACCAUCGGGUCUGCUAGCAGAUCGGAUGCUCGUAAACAGGCAGUUGGAAACGGGGUUAGUCGAUCUGUUUCAUUCCUAUCAGAUGCAAAUGCAAAGAAAGCCCCCCCUGGGGUGGGCCGAUCAGUUUCAUCCUUAUCAGAUUCAAAGAAAGAUGCCACUCCCAGAACUAAGGCUGCUCCCCUAGAGAGCAAAAGGUUAUCUGGUUCAAAAGGCAGUGAAACCCUUUUUUCCCCCAAACUGGGAGACAAUGAUAUAACUUCCAAGAAGAACAGUUUUGUUCCUAAAGUUGGCGACAGGAUUCGUGAUUCCUCACUAAAGUCAGUACGCGGUGACCAAGCUCAGAUGAAGUCUUCAUCAGACGAGCCUCAACCGAAGAGUACUAUUGCAAACCUUGAUGAUUCCAAGUACGCUUCCCUGCCAGAGGUUACGCUGAUGAGCGUCACAGGAGCUAUUUCCAGCACAGCCGUGGAGGACCCUGAACAGGAGGGAAAUGAAAGGAAACAUCUUGCGACUUCUGGAGAAGCAGCGACAAAAGGUGGGCAGAAGAUACAACAGCUUAGCAAUGGAGAUGAUAAUGCAAUUAUUGAGAAGAUUGUCGUCAUGCUUGAACAUGAGAGUGCUCCGAUACGUGCCCCUAACAUGCAAAAGCUAGAACAUGAGAUAGGAACAGGAAAUGGAUCCGCAGAAUUUAAAAAGGCUGGCGAGAACGAAACCUUUUCAGGAUAUGCGGCUAUUCGAGCGCCACCUUCGCCCAUUGUCAAAUGUGAAGUCAAUACUGGUGUCACCGAUUCCCAGCUGGAUCACCCAGCUGAAUCUGGUCAGGUAUUUGAACUAACUGAACUUUCUACCUGCGUUUUAUCUCUUUGUUCUGUCACGUUGUAUGAUUUCUCCAAGGGUGCUUUAUGUAGAAAGCUGACGUAUGCUGCUGAUUAUUAUUUCAAAUGACAAACUAGUAUUUCAUAAAUUUUUGCCUUUUCAUUUGCGUACUCCUUUUAUAGGUACAGUAUCAAGGAAAAGCCUUGUGUAGAUGAUUUUAGUUAAGAAAAGCAGCAGUCUUAUGACUUUUGGAUCAUGCGAUUGGCUAUUCUAUUAUUCUAAAACCAUACAUUUCUGCCUGUUUGCUAUACUGCUGGUUGACCCUUGUGAUCUCUUACGUUAGCCUAAUCGAGAGGAUGCCUUGGGUGGCAGGUGAGCGUGGAGAAGGCCUCAGACAAACCGUAUCAGUCGCCAUAUGCCCAGGCAACGCCAUUAGAGUCGGAUUACACUAAAGCACGACUGACCGUAAGCUCAGAAAAUGCUUCAACGAUGGAAGAGAUCAGUAAGGUGUACGUGCCUCAUUCGGGAGAUCCUUCCGUAGAACAGGAGCAUGAAACUGUUGAGAAACCACGGAGCAGGGAGUCCCUGAAGGGCUUUAAAAAGCUGUUGAAGUUCGGAAGAAAGAGCCACGGCGCGAGUCCCAGUGAACCCACUUCCGAGUUGGACAGCUCAUCCGCAGACGAUCAUACGCCUGCCGACGCCUCUUCUGGUGAAGGUACGACUUCUCACCUCCCUUGCCUUGCCUUGCCUUGCCUUGAUCUGUCGUUGCCUGGCUCAGGCGGCCGACACCCCCCCCCCCCCUCCCCCCGGAUGUAUUAUUGCCCGUCUCUGUCACCUCAGGCCGAGCGUGACCACCUUUCGUCUAUCCCCGGCAAGAUAAAAAAUUGUCAAUGAAAAGAGAGACAUGGUGGGUGGGUGAUCCUCGUCCGUCCAUUAACUUUGCUGAUUGCACAAUUUUUCUCUCGUCUUAGUUCGCGCACCGAACGAUCCCACCCCCCAGGAGGAGGCUCAGCCGGAGGGCACCCUUUCCAAAGGAGAUAAGUCUGGUACGCCCCCAACCCCCUCCCAGCUACCCUCAUCCAUGACAAGCACCUGUGCGUCGUCACGGGCUAGUGGCCUGUGCAUGGUGCAUGCGCUGAUGAUGCGAUAUUAUCCUCCCGACCACCAAGUCUUCUCUAAUUUUCUCCUUGGAUCGUAGGCUCCCGCCAUUUCUCCAUCCUUUCGCCCUUCCGGAGCAAGAGCAGUGAGAAGAAGUUUUCGGCUGCGUGA